AAUCGAUUAAGGGGGGGCGGAGAGACCAAAGAGCACCAAAGAGAACCAAGUGAAGGAAGGAGGAAAUGGAACAAGAACUGGGGAACUAGGGAUAUUAGUGAUGGGCCAAUAUGAGAAGGCGCAUAUUGGUUAUAACUUUAAGUACGCUUAGCUGGUUAUAAUAUGUACGACCUGCUGUGUUGAAUGUGUGCCCAAGAGCGUGAGGCCGUAACACUCAUGGUUGCAUACCGCUUGGAAAUUUCAACUUUUUUAAGCUUCGAAAUAUUGUUUGCCUCAUUGACAUUAACUGUCUCGUUCUCGACUCUGCUUUUUUUUAUAUAAAUUCGUUGAUUUUAACCUCAUAUCUUUCCUCUCUGGUGCUUGGACUAGUCAUAUACUUUGAUUGAUUGUUGUAGAUGAUGUCGAUUACUUACAACGCUCCUCAGAAGAUAAAGCUACCUGGCCUUAAAGAGUCAUUUCCCAUACCUCCACGUGAUGUUCCAAUGGCAAACAGCUCUACCAGUUUAAUACUGGACAGUCCACCGUAUACACAACAGCAGUACAUGGUUCCAGUCUCCCACGCACCAUAUAGCACUCCACAAGUUCCCUCAUUUGCACAGUACUCACCACAGACGCCGCUGGCUAUGAAUACAACUGUCCAGUUUCCAAAUUACCCUUAUCCUUACAUAUCACGUCAUUACCAAUCACAUAUCCCACAGCAUACACAACAGACUCAAAACGGCUACGUUACAUUUAUGCCAUCAAAUUUUCAACACGGUCAAGCUGGUCUUGAGCUUGCGGAAUUUGACAAGCCCAAACAGUACAGUCUAUGGAGCACCGAUGAUGAUCGACUUCUACGUCACUUGAAAGAGGAGAAACACUUGGGUUGGAGAGAAAUUGCGAUGCACUUCAACUCUCGAACUGCUAGUGGUUGUCAAUUUAGAUGGAGAAGACUUAUGGGUUUAGAGAAGGAUCGCAAGAGAAGAAAGAAAGUUAGCUCACUUAAGAAGCUACUAAAUUGAAGAAGGAUGGCAAUGCAUGUAUAUUUGCU